AUGCCCUGGACCAAAAUCACUUCUGGCCAUUAUCAACGGCCAAUUGGGGAAAAUGAAUCCUUCAUUAAGUUCAUUGGUGAUAGUGGCCAUGUCCACCACCGCGAUAACUGGUCCAUAGCAGCGACGGCCUCCUUCAAGCCCCGUUCAUCUCUUUUUGAUCAGGAUUCAUCCGCAUUGCUCCGCCGGGCAUGGAUGAUACUCCGCUUUUACCAUCCCAGCAUUGCCGCCACUGCCACCGAGCAGAUGGUGGAUUAUCAUUGCGUGUCAGAUGCAGGUCAACUAGAUCAUUGGGCUGAUGAGACUUUUAUCACCCACGUCGAUAAAUCCUCAACGCCCCAGCAAAUCAUCUCCAAACUUCAGCCCUCGCGAUACGCCACCGUCCAUUAUCUUCCUCACAGCUUUCAGGUAAUCCUGCACCUUUCUCACUGGCGGACAGACGGCGUUGGGGCAUUACAACUCCUUGAUGCCUUUCUCAAGGCAGUUAUCUCAGCAUUACACCAAGAUGUGACCACCCUAGCUUGGGGAGAAGAAUGGCAACGACUUACCCUGAGUGUGGAGGAGAUUCUAGAUCUCCCCAUGACGGCCAGCUCCGAAAUCCUCGAUGCCAGCUCGAAAUUUAUCGCCACGCUGGCCAAUACAAAGUGCGCCCUCGGAACGCCAUAUCGGGGGGAUAACCAGACCGUCCCUGGAGGUACACAGAGUGUCCGAAUUCGAUUGUCGGCUCUCACCACGCAGACUUUGAUUGACGCGUGUAAUCGACUGGGUAUUUGCCUUACCUCUGCCGUACAUGCCGCCAUUGCGGCGACUAACUUCCUCAUCGCUCCUGUAGAGAGGGUAGAGAAAGGGAAGGAACAACAUCAUACGAGUACUCUCCGGGUGAAUGUACGAGAGUACUUGCCAGCACCAUAUAAUACCUCAGACUAUGCAGCUGGUUUAUAUACUGGUGGAUAUAUGGUCAAGGUAUCCGAUCCACAGAACUGGCUUGAAAAUGCCCGCCUGUACGAGCAAAAAUAUCGACAAGGGGCUACAUGUGAAUUCCUUCAAUCUCGUCGUCAGUAUGCCUUGACGGUCAAGAGUCUGCUGCAGACUAGACAACCGGAAAAUCAGCAACCACCCAGCAGUGGGCUGGAUAUUUCUAGCGUUGGUGACGCCGGAGUCCAUGUGCAGGCGAGCUAUGGCAGUGGUGAUGCAGGGCUUGAUGUGUGCAGCGUGAGUUUGGGGGUUGAGGUUCUGGCACGUAACAUGUAUUGUUUUAUGUGGACAUUUUGCAACCAGCUUGAGUUUAAUCUGGUAUAUAAUGAGGCUUUUUAUGACCGGCAGUUUCUCGAGAAUGUGUUGGAUACUUUGCAGUCUGUUCUGAAGGAGAAUUGUAUAUAG